ACCCCAAAAAAAAAAAAAAAAAAAAAAAAAAAAACACUUCUUCGUCUGCGGUAGAAUCAAGUAAUGCAACUGAGCUUCCUUUAGUUUGGAUGAAAGCCGAGCUCAGCUGCCCAGAAUCUGCUGAAGGAAAAUCUGAAGAGAAGCUAACAACAGAGACAUGGACCAGCUUGAGCAGCGGCGGAGGGCAACAGAGGGAGAGAUUCCUGAAGAAGCUAUGAAAGAGGACAAAGAAAAUAAGCUGCGACACGUCAUGGAAGAUGGUUACUACACCAAGGUUCUGCUGGGCGAAUUAGAUGUUAAGCAGAUGUUGAUGGUUAAAGAAGAAACUCCUGAAGACCACCGAUCUGUUGCUGAGCUGCAUGACCCAAAGCCGCAGCAGAUAAAGGAGGAAGAGGAGGAAGUCUGCAUCAUUCUGGGGACAGAGCAGCUCAGCAGGAAGGAGGAGACUGAUGUUCCUCCUAUAAAGAGUGAGGAUGAAUUGCAGUCCAUUCUGCUCUCACAGAAUCUUUAUCAAGAUAAAAUUAAAGACAGAGAUCUUCCAGAAGAGGACGAUGAGGGAGAAUCCGUUAAGAUAGAAAAUCGUGAAGAUGGCUCCAUUUUCUCAAAGAUUGAAGUCAUUGUUAAGGAUGAAGACGACAAUGACGUAAAAUAUCCUGACUCCGAACUGAAUCGUUUGCCCGACGCUGGGCUGAAAAGGAAGGACGAGGAUAAUGACUGGAUGGAGAGCAGAGCCACCGAGUCGGAUGGAAACAUCUUUUCUGAGUUUGCUGAACAAUUUCUUCACCGUCACUCUAUUCAGAAACACACGGCACAUCCAGAAAUAAGGUCUGCAGCCUCUAUGGAUGACGGCAAAUGUUUUACAGCGAAGAAAAAUGUGGACUCGGAAAGGAAAGUCCAGGCAGGAGAGACGUUUAGCUGUGAAGACUGCGGCAAAACCUUUAUUAGAAAAUACAAUUUUAACAGACAUAAGAGAAUCCACACAGAGCAGAAAUCCUUCUGUUGUGAGCUUUGUGAAGAAAGAUUUAACCGUAAAUCAAGUUUAAAUUUGCACAUGAGAAUUCACACAGAGUACAAACCUUUCUGUUGUGAUCUUUGUGGACAAGGACUGAGGCACAAGCGCAGUUUAAACGCGCACAUGAGAAUCCACACGAAGCAGAAACCUUUCAGUUGUGAUCUCUGCGAGCAAAGAUUUAACCGCAAAUCAAGUCUAAACACACACAUGAGAAUCCACACAGGACACAAACCCUUCUGUUGUGACCUCUGUGGGCAAAGCUUUCGCCACAAAUCAAAUUUAAGUACGCACGUGAGAAGCCACACAAGACAGCAACCUUUCUGUUGUGAUAUUUGUGGACAGAGACUUCGCUAUAAAUCAAGUCUGAGCAUACACAUGAGCAUUCACGCCGGACAGAGACCCUUCUGUUGUGAUCUCUGUGGACAGAGAUUCGUCAAUACGUCGCAUUUGAACUCGCACAAGAGGAUCCACACAGGACUGAAACCUUUCUGUUGUGACGUAUGCGGAAAAAGAUUUGCCCACAAACCACAUUUAAGUGCACACACGAGAAUCCACACAGGACAGAAACCUUUCUGUUGUGAUUUAUGCGGUAGAAAGUUUAGUGAAAAAGGAAAGUUAAAAAGACACAUGAGAAUCCACAACUGAGGGGAAGUGGCUUAGCUGGGAUUCUUAAAACUGCACCGCUGCUGUUGGUUGUGAAAUAUGUGUCAUUAAAGACAAACUGUAUUCACUUGG